UCAGAUCUUCAGAAAAGCCUCCUUGACGUCACACUACAGCAAGGUUACAUGGGGGAGAAGAUCCCAAAAGUUUGGCUCAACUUUGAAAACCGCAUCUUGAGCGAACGAAUGAAGAAGAAAAACUACCUAAAGUGGGAAAUGAUCCGUCAAUUUGCGAUGGACCAAGGAAUCUUCGACGAGCGAGAUGUGAAGAUGGCGGUUCAGCUUCUCCAUGAUCUCGGGACCAUUCAGUACUUUGAUAACGACUUCCUACGGGAUUACGUCGUUAUCAAUCCACAGUGGAUUGUGGACGUGAUGGCCUGUGUUGUCUCGGCACAGAGCUCGCCCAUACAGCAAAACCAUGGACGGUUCUUGCACGAGGACAUCCCCAAUGUGUGGGCGAAGUAUGACCCGGCGCUACACCAGUGGCUUCUGCGUCUGACCGAGGACUUUGACCUCACCUUCCCCCUGCCUUCGGAGCCCGUCAACAUCGUGCCUUGCCUGCUGCCUGGGGAACAACCUGAUGACGUUCAUUGGGAAAACGUUGGCAAGAAAGAAGGUGUGCGUGAAACAAAGAUGGUCUACCGAUUCACCUACCUUCCGUCUGGUCUUUUUAAUCGUGCUCAGGUUCGUUUAUUCCAACUCUCAGAUGGUGAGAAAGUCUGGAAGAAAGGUUCACUGUUAACAAAGAACAAGCACUCAGCGUUGAUCAAGCAGACUGACAAUCGAGAGCUGGUUGUGUUCGUUCGCGGGCCACGUCCAGAGAACAUUCUGUUCCUGAUUCACGAGGUCUUUGAGAGCAUUAUAGAGGAGUCGUUCAAUGGCGUCUCAUAUGACCUCUACCUACCGUGCCCUGACUGUGUGGAGAAAGAGGGGACAACAGAUCCCGACAUGCUGUGUGCCAAACUGAUUCAACGGGCAAAGAACUUGAAGGCUCCAUUCAUUACAUGCUACAAAUACUUCCACUGGAUCUCCAUGGCACAGUUGCAGGAGAAAAUGCCUGCGGACAGUCGGGAGAUGGCAGAGUUUGAUUUUCAUCUCCAGCAAAGCAUUGUUGCCUUUGAGGAGCUGAACAGUGACCUUGGUGUGGAUGUGGCCAUCCUGUACAGUCGUCUGGACCUGCCCCAGGCUGGGGACGAUGAUGCUCUGUCCCCACUGCAGAUACGAGACGAUAUUAUAGAGUGGGGUCAUACUUGUUGGUUCCCGGAGGAAAUUGACACUGUGUCCUUAAUUGACUUGUCGACCGCCAUCAAAAACUGCAAGAUCCUUAUUGCACUGGUCUCAGAUCACUUUGAACGCGACAGACAAUGCGUGGACAUUUUCCUUCACGCACGUGAGGCAAUGAACAAGGCAACAAUGGUUGUAGUGCUUGGAAAGAGCAUGGAAUGGGAAAAGAAAGACUUGGGCAUGAAGAUUGGGCAACAGGAGCGCAAGUUGAUGGCAAAGACACGGUCACGCUACGAAUGUGCAAAUGGUCGCAGGGAUGAAUUGAAAGAAUGGCUUACUGAAAUUCUGCAAGGAAUUAAAGAGAAGGAGGUCACGAUGCCGGAAGUUUUCAUCAGUUACUGCCAGAGGAAUUCCUACCUGGCAACAAAGAACCAAGAGAAAUACAACGAGAGUGCCCUUGGGUAUGGUGACCCACGUGACCUGUGCUUCCGGCUUGAACAUGAGGGGAAAUUUAAUUGCUGGAUUGAUACAGAGUACAUUGGCAAGGAGAAGAAAGGAAUUUUUGCUGAUAUGGCUGUUGGUAUAAGGAACAGCAAAGUUUUUGUGGCAUUUGUUUCGGAUGAGUAUGCAGAGUCAGAUAACUGCUUGAUGGAGCUGAGAUUCGGCAUCUUGAACAUGGGUCUUCCUGUCGUGGCUGUAAUUGUUGGCACAGGGAGCAAGUGGAAGCAAACUGAGGUUGGCAUGCUACUGGCUAGGGCUAAGGCGUUGGAGGUCUACCUACAGAAGGAGAAUCCCGAGGGAGUCAAAGUGCUCAUUCAGUACGUGGGGGAGGCGUUGGCAACUCAAAAACUCACGGAAAAGAAGAACGCUGAAGCAUCUGGGAAGGAUAAGAAAAAGCAUGUCAAGCUCGCUGAAGUGGACACUGAGAGAAAAGGCAAUUCUUCUGUGGCUUAUCAGGAGGAGGUAGAGCUUAUACAGCGCAAGUUCAUGCGCCACAUCCUCGGCUCGAUAGCUUCUCUGGAUCAGAUGCCGAUGCCGAGACUCAUAAUUGUUGACUUCGUGAAGGACAGCAGCUCUAAAGGGAAAUCGGAGGAAGGCCGCGAGAGUUCUGUAGGAAACACAAAAUCAUACAGGAGGACUCAACGUGCUCCAAUAUCAAAGAAAGGGGGCCGACCAAGGUCAUCAAGGGACCGACUCAAUGUGGACGAAAACUCUCUUGAAGAGACAGACGACACUGAUGACUGGAGCACGGAGAGCUUCUGUAUACAAGUCCUGUGUGAACAUGAACAGGGCUGGCACUUGUGCCCACAGAAAUUUCCACUGGCGUUCAGAAAUCGGGAACUGCUGGAGGUGUUCCUUCAGAAGGCUGCACCGUACCUGUACCGUAUCUACACCAUCCUCAAGCAGGGCCCCAUCAAACUGAAGUGCUUUUCUCCCGGGAAAGGAAAAGCCUACCUCGACUGGAUUCGACUUGCCUGCGAGGACAACCUUGACUUUGUUGGAGCGUUGACCCACUUACGGUCUGAGCUUGCUAAGGACGAGACGAAGGAAAUCUUGGGAUGUCUGGCCAGGUGUCGUCUGCCGAGCGGAAAGAUUGUCUGGCUGUGCGGAGAGCACCAGCAGAUGCAGAGAGUGUCCAAACUGAGUACGGGUAACAGCGGGGGAUCCUACAGUCGCAAGGUGGUCCUGUACACGGAGGAUAAGCUGAUGAGUGAGAGAAUAAUCGAGUCUGCCGAGUACAAGGUGUUGAAGGCCGGGUCAGACAAGCAUUUUGAUCCUGUGAAACCAGAACCUUUGAAUCCUAAACAACCCAAAGCUGAAGAGGUUGUUGCUCUUAAUGAUAGCAAAAAAGAAAACGAUGACACACCUGACAGCGAAGGAAGAAAUAAAAAGGUUGGGGAUGAAGAAUCAAAAGCAUUCAACUUAUUGAAUGAACAUGACAAAAAGAUUAAUUCUGACACAAAAUCGGAAGCCAUCUUAUUGAAGGAACCUGACAAAAAGAUUGAUUCUGACACAAAAUCGGAAGCCAUCUUAUUAAAGGGACAAGACAAAAAGAUUGAUUCUGACAUUAAAUCGGAAGCCAUCUUAUUAAAGGAACCUGACAAAAAGAUUGAUUCUGACAUUAAAUCGGAAGCCAUCUUAUUAAAGGGACAAGACAAAAAGAUUGAUUCUGACAAAAAAACGGAAGCCAUCCUGAUUGAAUCCGAAAAAAAGGAAAUACAAUCAGAUAUUCUUCAAUCAGAGAAGGAUGAGAUAAAAUCGGUUAGAACUCAAUUUGUUAAACGUAUCAUACAGUCGUCAGAACCUGUAUCUGAAAAACACACCAUAGCGGCAGAUCGACCUGAAGUGCCUUUGACAAAGAAUGUUUUUGAAGAUUUUAUAAAGGAAGACACAACUGAUAAAAUUGAGACAAUCCAAGAAACGAAUGAUGCUGAAGUUAGAAAUGGGACACAUUUGGAAGACACUGAGUCAGCAAAGGACAUUGACACGUAUCAGAAAACUCAAAAAGUUGCGCAGCAAACCCCGAUAGAACAAAAAGAGGACGUAAAACGAAUGCUUCUUGAGUCUGACAAUACGGCCAUACGCAAAGCUCUAAAAGCAUCGAACACUAGCCAGCUGGUCAGCAAAUCAAGGAUGGUUCAGUCCACUGAUUCCAGGGUACAACUGCCACCAAACCCGGCCAGCAAGUAUGGAAGUAUUGCUAGGGGAAGCAACGUGAAGCGUUUAAUGACCCAGUCAUCAGCUACGGAACUGAACAAACAUGACGUUUCAAUUGCCCAUUCUAAGAUCAAAUCUACCCGUUCUAACGGUGGAUUGCCUAAUAUGGAUGCCUCUCUCAACAUCACCCCUGUAAAACAGGGCUUCUCUGCUAGUAGCGUAUCAAGCGUGGAAAGUAGGAAAAGCGCCAUCGGAAAGGAAAAGAAAUCCGAAGUGCAUCCUUUAGAAAGGGUGCGGCCAAGAAAAAUCAAUGUGAAGCCACAGAGCGAUAAAGACAACGGGAGAAAGGAAAGUGGACCGUCCUUUGCUGCUACAGGUCGUUCAGUGCAAAACCAAGACCGAAGCCCUGCUGGAGGUAACCAGAAGACGAGCCAAGCAUGCAGCCUACAGUAGAAGUUGUUACAAUUAUGAUGGAGCCCUGGAAGCCUGCAUUAGGGUCAAUUAGUAGGUCGCUAAAUUAAUUGGUAACAAACUUCCAUAGUCUUCAAGGUUGUAUGGUGCAACAAAGACAGACGGAUAUGGUACUUGUAUUUGGGGUAGGCAACAAGAACAAAUGUGCAUGGUUACUUGACAUUGUACCUCAGGCAUUAAUCAGAGGAUAGCUUUUUCUGUGCUGUUUAUACUUUAAUUAUCUGAUACUGUAAUUAUCUGAUACUGUAAUUAUCUGAUACUGUAAUUAUCUGUGGUGUUGAUACUUCAAUUAUCUGAUACUGUAAUUAUCUGAUUCUGUAAUUAUCUGAUACUUUAAUUAUCUGAUACUGUAAUUAUCUGUGGUGUUGAUACUUUAAUUAUCGGCAAAAAACUUCCAUUCUUUGAUUUUAUUUGAAUGUUUGAAUGUCCUUAUAACUUAAAUGUUUAGUAGCAUUAUUUACGAUAUUUUGUAUGAUAGAACUUUAAGUUUAAUUUCCAGAGACUUUUCGGAGUUUAUUAUAAAAUCCGAGUUCGAAGUUGACAUCUCAAAACGUGUUAAGUGGAAAAUAAUUGUAUAUGUAGUAUAAAUUGAGUGAUGUAAAAAUGUUAGUUUGAUAGAAUGUUUUUUAAAUGUAAAAAAUUUAAUUUGAUGGACUGUAUUAUUGAUGUUUAUUACAAACUAGUAUAUCUCUCUAGUACAAGCUCAUAUUGUUGUAGUUGAAGUAUAACGCGAUUAUAACACUGUAUUUAAAAUGCCAAUGUUCAAAAUACACUAAUUGUUUAAAUUGUUAUGUUUAUUGUUACACUACGUAAUGGUGUAUGUUAAUUUAAGGUAACUCAACUGUGAUAAACACUCCUGGACAAAAGUUAUUGCAAUUAAUUGUCAUUAUUUAAAAUACUCAACUUAUCACAGGGUAAUGUAUACAUGUAUUGCUCAUUAGUUAAAGAAAAUUCCGUCUUUGUAUGCAUUUCCUUGUGAAUUAUAAUUGAUCUGAACUGUAUCAUGGAAUAAAAUUUCAUUUUAUAAAUUGAAUAUCAAUUACUUUGUUUAGUUUGCAUGAAUGUAUUUCUAGAGAAACAAUAAUAGAAUAUGUGAAUUAUUGUCGAGUUAUUUAUUACAUAUUAUUUUUAUAUUUGUUUUACAAAAUAAUAUACCAAUUAAAUGUGAUUCCAGCAUUGAUGGAUAUUCUGUUACAUUUUUAUGAGACAUUAUUUUACAUUUAUUAUACAUUUUUAAUUUACUAUCACUUAUAAGCAUAAUUAUAUAUAGCAUAAUAGUUUUUAUUCACUAAGCACAAUUUAGCUUUUGUUGUACCUUUUAUUUUUUGGUAACUUUCAUUUAUUGUUUACAUGUAGUUGAAAUUUUGUUUCAUUAAUCAAUUUAAUUUCUAUACAAUAAGUUAUACAUUUUCAGUUUAAAUUUUGUAUUGAACUUUUUGUUAAUACUGUUAUGACUUUCUGUUUCUAUUAUAUUAGUAACAUCGAUUCAUUUGUUGCUUAAAUGGUAGUGUUCACAUUUACUUACAUAGAUGAAAUAAAUUGAUAUAUUUACAAUUAGUUUUAAUUUUGUAAUGAACAGUUUUAUACGGUGAAGACCCAAAACCUUCUCACUUUCAUGUCUCGAUAAACACAAUACAACAUCAGUUGACACCUUUAUUCAUGUAAGUUUAACAUGACAUGCAUAAACAUAACAAAGAGCAAACUAUUUACAUAUCAUUGACUUUCUAAUUAAAAACAUUAACAAAUGAAAUAAAUAAUAAAUGUUCCUUUUACCCGACAGCAUAAAGGCAAGAUUUCUGGGGAGUUUAAAACAAUAUCAACUAUUUCAUAUUAAGUCAAAUAUAGUUUUAACUUAACCUAACACUUGAGCUCUAUUUUAUAAACUUUUUUUUAAGUUUUUCUUAUAAGGGGCCGUAUUCACCAACAGAUUGUUAGACUUAAGAAUAAAGAACAGACUUAGAACCAAGAAAAUGUAUUCAGUGUUUGAAUAUAUACAGGCCUCCACUGGUGAUAAUGUCAUUAACAAAAUAUAGAUAGAGAUGUUUACUGCAGAGUUUGACUCAAAAUUAAAGAAAUUCUUGAAUAUUCUGAUUUUAAGAAUUUCCUUUAUUCUUAGACUUAGGUCUAAGAAUUGUUUGGUAAAUACGGGCCCAGAAGGACAAAAGGUGCGACUGAUAAUUAAUAGUUACAUACACAUGUUACUUGUAAUAUUGAUGUACAGAAUUAAGAUACAUAAAAGGUGAAUGCAUGGUAGAUAGUACCAAAGCCCACAUAAAAUAGAAGUACAAAACAGGGCAUCUAAUAUUUAUUAAAUGCAUUUAGUAUUAUGGUAUAUGUAGUGAAAUUAAACAAUCUCAUAUCACAUAGUUUUCAUAAAGGAUGAAAUAUGUUAUUUCAGACAAAGAUCAUUCUAAUGAUAAACAAUUGAUUUAUUAAUACUUAACUUCCGAAUCAUGAUAAAUUUAGCUGAAACUAUUAUAUUCAUUUGAAGAUGCUUGAUUUGUUUUUAUGGCUAAAUUUUUGUAAUGUACUUGUCAGAAAAUGGAUCUUUCGCCAUAUGCGCCCAUCAUAGUUAUAGCCUACCCAGCCUGUGCAUCUCUCAGUCUGGUAAGGAGAUACAUAAUGAGACUUAAAAGACUUGAGUGAUUUUAUAGCGGACAGCAUUGCAUCUGAUAAGACUUAGAAAAUGCACAGGCUGGGCUUGAUCUACGCUGGCCGAAAUGCCAUAAGACCCAUUUUCGUAUGACGCGGAUUUGAAUGUGUCGAAAGGAUACUGCUUGUAAAUUUCAUAUAAACAUACAUAUUUUUCGAUGGUGAAGAAAUAAAACUCAUAAUAAAACAAUAGAGGACAUUUAUGAUGUGAACUCCCGUAUAAUAUUUGUAAUGUACUAACCCUUAUGUGUGGUUUCAUUAUAAAAACGCACAUUUCAUGCGGUGAAUAUUCAACAAGCAAGUGAAAAAAACACCUGUUUUCAAUUGAAUUAUUUAGAAACGUAAAUUUCAAACUUUAUUUCAAAG